AAGCUCUUACUAUGGUAUAAUUGUAGAGUUGGAAGGGACCAUGAGGGUCAUCUAGUCCAACCCCCUGCAAUGCAGUAAUCUUCUACCCAGCAUAGGACUUGAACUUCUGACCCUGAGGUUAAGAGUCCCCUGCUUUACCAACUGAGCUGUCCCAGCAGUCAAUUAACCCAUUUCCUUUUUAUUUGUGAGCCCUUUUGAAACCCUUGCUUAGAAUCCAGAUGUUUUGGACUACAUCUCCCAUGAGCCCCAGCCACCCGUGAAGGUUAAGGCAAAGCCUUCUCUAGCUACUUCCUUAUAGAGUCCACAUGACUGUGCAAAGAAGCGCCUAGAUUUGCUCAGGCCACGCCAAUCCCCGCCUCCAGAAGUCGAGACUAUGCUUUCGACAGCCUCCUUCUAUCUUAGGCAACACACUCUUGAGCGGUUAAACCACGCCGGUCCUGACAAACCAGUCUCCUUCAUCUCUGCUCCUCAGCAGAUUCAACAGGAUGCCCGGCUGACUCCUAAGGAUGCCCAGAGCAGCAGUGAAGCUCAUAGUCACCGGCGAUGACUUUGGCUACUGCCCAAGAAGAAACCAAGGCAUCGUGGAGUCUUUUCUCUCCGGCGGCGUGUCCAACGUGUCCCUCCUGGUGAACGGCAGCGCUGCGUCCGAUGCGGCACAACUGGCGAGGAGGUAUCACAUUCCAAUAGGGCUCCAUGCCAACCUUUCUGAGGGCUCUCCUGUUUGCCCGGCGUUGAAAGCGAAGUCCACAUUGCUCAACGAAGAAGGGUUUUUCCACGGAAAGAUGGGCAUCCGGAGAGCGUUAGCUGAUGGUCUCCUGAACAUGUCUGAGGUGAAACACGAACUAACUGCGCAGGUUGACUUGUUCCGUGAGCUCACAGGUCACCUGCCUCAACACAUGGACGGACACCAGCAUGUUCACGUCCUCCCAGAGAUCAGAAACGUAUUUGCACAGGUGCUGGAGGAUUACGGGAUCACCUAUACUCGAGUCCCCAUCGAACCAGACCUUCCCCGCUGCGAUUGGAUAGACCCACACUUAAUGGCCUUUUACCUGGGCGUGGAGAAGGACUCCCUAAACACAGUGGAUGUGUUUAGGAAACACAGAAUAAGGUGGCCAGAUAUAUAUAUAGGCCUUAGCACCAUGGGCAAAAACAUGUCCAUUGCCAACAUCUUGGGGGCCAUUGAUAACGCUACAGCGACUUACCUGCCGGAAGAAGAUUCCUCCAUUCCUCCUGGCUCGCCGUCACGCUCAGAUCAAGAAACCAGAACUGUAACCAUUGAGCUGAUGACGCAUCCAGGGUACCCCAGCGUCCCGCCAGUUGGGGGCUGCGGCGAGGGACCCGACGAUUUCUCGCAGUCCUGGGAACGCUUGCACGAACUUGAGACGCUCAAGAAAGCAGAGUUGCAGAGCCACUACAGGACAAGGAACAUCCAGCUCUGUGCAUUUAAAGACCUUGGGAUGUGAUGCUGCAGUUGUUGCUGGCUGGGCUGGGCCAGGCUAAGCGUGAUGCUGAGUGAGGUGCAGAGUUAAGAACCAUCCC